AUGCAUAAAAACAUAGCCACGCAACAAACUCGCUCCAUUUCCCAUCAAAAAACAGGCAGUUCUAAUCAACAAAAUAAUCAUAGCAAUUUGAUUCAAAUUAAUUACCUAACUAGUGCUAAUGAGCCUAUUUUCAAAGAUGUACAAGAGGAUAUAUUCCCAAUUAACAAUGUUUCAAAUAUUUCUCAAGAUAAUUUAAAAAAGUCUAGCUGUAUACCUCAAGCCAAUCCAAAUACUCCAAACCAAUCAAAUCAACAACCUAAUUGGUUAAUUCCUAAAACAGGACUGGGUCCCAAAUUUAAGCCUCUACAGGAAGUGGAGAAACCUCAACUCAUGACAAAUAUUAAUAAAAAUAUUCAAAUGCCAAGAUCAACUGGUGCAGAACUGAGCAUGUUGCAAAACAAUGAGAGAUCUCUUAUUACUCUAGUUGGUGUUCAGGAGGAAUUACACUCCAACAUUUAUCAACAGAAAACACUUAAAUUCCAAAUGAAAUCGAUGCAACAAGAUAAAGUGCGCCAAGUGAAAGCGGUUCAACAAGCUACCCCGAAAAAACAACCUGUAGUAGUUAAUAAUUUUGUCAACUCGAGUGAAGGAUUCCGAAAUCUUGCUGCGACAGAUGCAGUGCAAAAUCCAGUGACUUUGCAAUACCCUGUUGGAAUGCAAAUGACCAUGGAUACACCUAAUAAGGAAAGUUCUCAAAAUCUUAUGGAAAUGCAGAAUUUCAAGGAUCCACAUGGUGUGUCUAAUGUUACUGGAAUGCAAAAUGUUACAGGUACUAACAAAGUAUCUAGUAAUAUGUAUAAUGUCACUCAGAAGCCCGUCCCACCUAUUACACCGUCAAUAAGUCCAAAACCCAUGAACCCAAGUAAUCAGCAACGAAAUUCAAUAAACAGGCAUUCGGGAAGAUCUAAAAACUACCCAGUAGAUCCAUAUGCCGUACAUUAUCCAAAAGGUAUACCGAGGAGUUUCUUAGUUCAACAACAGCAACAAACAAGCUCACAAAAAGGCCACUCUGAUGGACCAAUUUGGCCAAGCUAUCAACUUAAUCCGCCGAUGUCAGUCCAACCUCCUGUAAGCGAAACACAUGCGUCUACUCAAUCAAUGGUUAUAACUAGUGAACCACAUGGUUUUCCUGAACCAUAUUCCCCAUCUGAAUUGUACACUGAUUUUGAGAAUUCCAAUGGCCCAGAUUUUGAAGACGAAGAGUCGCAAGAGACUAGUUCCACUUCACAGAAGCGUUUGAGCGCUUUCCAGCGCUUAGGUCCACAAACGCAACCAAAGAAACCGAAGCUCACUAUCAGCGUGACUGUAAAUGAUGAUCAGGAAGUCAGGGAAGUGGUUGAUGAGACAGAAGAAGUCGAGGAGAUAACACCAGUUCACCUUCGCGAAGAUAUAAUAGUGAGUACUGAUGAAACAGUAAUGAAGUACCUAAAAGCUUGGCCUUGGAAGAGGAAUGUUGUUGUUAAGAAGAGUGUGACAGCUAGGAAUUCUAAGACGGUGAUGAUGUUAGAACGAGAGCAAAUGGAAGAGAUAUAUGACAAAGAUACUCUCUUCGUACAAGUUACGGUAAAAGGAUACCCAUCAUCCUGGAAGAAGGAACAAGUAUUGGAUACACUGAUGGAAAAUAUUAGAGGAUAUACCUUCAUACCCUGUUUUAUUGAGUUUAACCUUCAAGAAUGCAAAUUUUUAACCCUUCGCUGUCGUUCAGCGCUUCUGAGUUUACACAAAUGUGGAUUUAUCAUACGCAAGAAUGAUGUCGAAUUGACGGUGACGAUAGCACAAACUGAACUGACUCUCAAUCAGCUGGACUUCGUACCCAGACUUGUGUUAAGGAAGAGAUUAAACAUGUGUAUUGAUCAAGAGUCCAAAUUAAAUUUGAGUGCGUUUACAUUGAAAGAAGAUAUCAGCCACUUCAUAUACUUCCCGUUGAAUCGGUUGAUAAAUCAAAUGGAAAUAUUUGAAAUGCAUAACGAAAUCACAUGGAAUUAUUUGACGGAUUUGAAUUUAUCACACAACAGAAUUGAAUCUCUAGACGGAUUUGAUUUGGAGCAGUCAGCACCUAAAUUAAAGCAUCUGGACUUGUCCCACAACUGUUUGGAGAAAAUAACGUUACUAUUGAAAAUUCGGAAUCUCCCUCUGAAAACCAUACAUUUGGAAGGAAACCCUUUAUGUAGAAACUAUAUCGACCCCAAUCAAUACAUAAAAGCAGUAAAAAUGAUGUUUUCUAGUGUGAAUACUAUAGACGGCGUAGCAGUUCCUAUAAAAGGAGAAAUGCCAAAGUUUCAUCGCAACUACUGUCCAGAAGACGCGCAAGUGGUUGUUGAGAAGUUUCUAGAAGUAUAUUUCCCACUCUUGGAUGGUGACAUUGAACACAGGGAGCUGUUAGAAGCCAUGUAUGAUACUAAUGCUAAUAUGACCAUCACCUUUAGUUAUAAAAUGGGGUUUAGUCCAAUAUACAAAUGCUUCAGAACUCUCUUCGCAGGCGCUAGAAACCUUGAACAGGGUAAUAUGGAUAUAAUAAAAGGUUCCAAAGCGAUAGCUAAAACUAUCGCGAACUGGCCGCACAUGGAACACGAUCCUGUGACGUUCACUGUCGAUGUUAUUUAUCAUAAUGAUUCAACCACAAUUCUCCGCGUCGAUGGAGUUCUUAAACUCACGAGAGAAUCCUUAGCCGACGAUGAAUAUCUGGUCGCAUUCUCCAGAACCGUAGUGCUGCACACUAGAGACGGAGUGGAGUAUACGAUCCAAGCUGAAACGCUUUACUGGAGUAUUCCUAUUGAGAGCUAUGCGCGAUCCGCGUUCACUGUCACUACGGGGCCAUUUGUCCUUCAACCUUGUCGAACGACACAAGAUAUUUUUCUACCCUUGACAUUGCACAAGAUGUCGCUCGGGAUAGCUUGUGACAUGUAA